AGAACUUGACAAUGCUAGACAGUUCACCGAGAAAUUUUGCCCCAUCUGGAGAAUUUAUGAAUAUUUCAGAAAAGUAUUUGGAUAACACUAUAUUGACAGAGGUCAAAAUGACUCCAGCAAUGGCUACUGCUAAUCCAGAUGAAACUGCGACUUUUAAUAAUUCAUCUUUUACAAAUGCGUCACUGAAUUUGAAAGGAGUACGACCCAAGUUAGGAGUAACUGAGAUGAUCAUACAGACAGUUUUAGAAUUCUUUAUUGCGCUGGUUAUAUGUUUGAGUAACAUUGUUGUUCUACUUGCGGUAUGGCAUCAGAGAAGUCUACACACUGUGACAAACAUGUUCAUUGUAAGCCUCAGCAUAUCAGACCUCUGGAUGGGAUUCCUUGCAAGUCCUUUGGCAAUCAUAGAAAACUACAUCAUCCCGUUGAUAUACGGCAGCCAUGUGCAGAAUAAAUGGCUAUGUGCAUUCAAACUAUUCAGCCUGACGACCUCUGCAGGUGGCAGCCUGUCAAGUUUGUUUGGUAUUGCAGUUGAUCGCUAUAUCGCUGUAAUGCGCCCAAUGAAAUACCAUACAAUGAUGACUCGCACAAGGGCUAAUGUGUUCAUUUGCUUCAUGUGGCUUAUUGUGUUUUCCACCUCUGUCCUUAUCUUCAAUCCAAAUGUUCUGAUGUUUGAGCCACAAGAUUUGUGCCAAAUUGAUGAGGUUCUCAAUGAAACACACGAAAACUCCCUGAAAGUUUUUGUUGCACUUAAUUUUGUAUCAACUUCAUCAUUGCAUGUCAUAGUGUCCUUGGUAGCUUUGAAACACCAGAAAAGAAUCACAGCAGAAUUGGCAGUCUUUAACAACAACAUGGCUGUGGCAUAUCGCAAGGGAAAUCGGAUCACAAAGACAAUAUUUCUAGUUAUGGUUGUUUUUGUGCUCUUUUGGUUACCCUGGGUUAUUUUGUAUAGC